AUGAUAAUAUUACUUUUAGUGUUCAUUUUAGUGUUAUUGUUAGUGGUGAAUUGGAUCCGUUUACUUAAAGAAUGCUAUACAAUUAAUUUACCUGGUCCUAUACCUCUGCCGCUGUUGGGAAAUGCACAUUUGUUUGUUGUUAAAUCUUCAGAAUUUUUGAACUUGAUUCAAAGAUUUAUAGACAAAUAUGGUGACGUAAUCAGGAUUCACUUUUUCUCAACUCCAUACGUAGUUUUGAAUCAUCCGAAAUAUAUAGAGCCACUAAUUACCAGUAUGGACUACAUUACAAAAGGACAAUCAUAUGGUUUCCUGACCUGUUGGCUGGGACAAGGAUUACUCACCUCUACAGGUCAAAGAUGGAAAACUCAUCGUAAAUUUUUAACACCAGCAUUUCAUUUCAAUAUUCUUCAAAAUUUUCUGCCAGUUUUUUGCAAAAACCAAAAAAUAUUUACGGAGAAACUAAAGAAAAUUGCUGAUGGAAGGUCAAUUGAUAUGUUCCCACUUGUGGCUUUAGCUGCUCUUGACAAUGUAACAGAAUCUAUAAUGGGAGUUUGUGUUGACGCACAGAAACACAGCGAAUCGGAAUAUGUAAAAUCUAUUGAAGAGUUAUCUACUAUUGUGUCGAUGAGAAUGCAAAUACCUAUACUGGGUGAAGAUAUAAUUUUCAAUUUGCUCCCAUACAAGACGAGGCAAGACAAGGCUCUUCAGAUCUUGCAUGGCCAGACCUAUAAAGUGAUAAAGGCAAGAAGUGAGGAACUGAAAAAAGCCAAUAUCACUAGUCUAAAUGAGAGCAACGAUAUUGGUAUAAAGAAUAAACACGCGUUUUUAGAUCUGUUGCUGCUCGCUGAACAGGAUGGUACUAAGAUAGACGCGGAGAGUGUAAGGGAAGAAGUUGACACCUUCAUGUUUGAGGGUCACGACACUACAACAUCGGGUAUAGUCUACACGCUCCACUGUUUGUCCAAACGAAGAGAUGUACAGGAAAAGAUCUACGAAGAAUUAAAGACCAUUUUCGGUGAUAAUAUGAACAGGGAUCCCACUUAUCAAGAGCUACAUCAAAUGAAGUAUUUGGAGUUAGUUCUCAAAGAGUCAAUGCGGCUCUUCCCUCCGGUACCGCUCAUUCAACGCAUGAUAGUCAAAGAUUCUGAGAUUGGCGAUAUAACUUUGAUAAAGGGGACAUCAGUCGUGAUAGACAUAUUUCACAUGCAGCGAAACCCUGCGUUGUAUGACGAUCCUCUGGAGUUCCGUCCGGAACGUUUCGAGAAACCUUUGCAGAAUCCUUUCAAUUGGCUUGCUUUCAGUGCUGGCCCUAGAAAUUGUAUAGGCCAAAAGUUCGCAAUGAUGGAGUUAAAAGUGACGAUAUCGGAGAUUGUAAAGAACUUCGUAAUAUUGCCUUCCGAGAUAGAGCCUGUAUUGUGUGCAGACCUCAUAUUAAGAUCUAAAACCGGAGUUCAUGUUAAAUUAGUACAAAGGCAUUAA